UUUUUUAAAAAAAAAAUGUCCCGUUUGGUUUCUAGAGACUACUAACCCAACACCUAACUAUGGAACUGUAUCCUCUCCAAUCACUUUAAAUCACUUCUCUGUUGAUAGCACAUAUCUUUCACACUACAGAGAAAUUGCAAAUUUUUUUUUUACUCAACAACCUCAUCAAAUCUGUCUUCAAUAAGCAGUUGAAAACUCUCUCUCUCUUCUCUAACCUAACUGCGUGUGAACACUUUGGAAUCACGGUGAUUUUAGAAUCCAAAUCCAACCACAGUAGUUAAAGAAGAGGUUAAGCUUAAGAAAGUUUUUUAAAGUUCAAUUGGAAACUUGUUUUGCAUUUGUUAGAUCCAAAGAAGCUCGCCCCAGUUACUUCUGGAAUCUACCCAGAAAUAUCAUGGCAGGGUUUAUCUGUAUUUGGACUAGAAAAAAGAAGAUGACUGCGGAAAAUGACGAAUCAUUGGAUCCACUACAUGCUAUGCUUAUUUGUUAGUUACACAAUUGAAGAGUUAAACAGUUUGUUGUACAUAGUAUUUGAGAUUCAAGAAGUUUUGGAAGAUGAAGAAGUGGUCAGGAGGUGUGUUGAUUUUAGCUCUUGCUAUGAUUUUGUUUCUUCGAUACAGCUACAUGGGAGGAAACCAGCCGCCAAAGCAGUCAGCAUAUGAUUUCUUCAAUGGCCAUCCGGCCAAUGAUUCUAAGUUAAAUACUACUGAUAGUGAUAAUUCGGGUCAAGCAAUAGUGAAAAAGCUGCAAACUACUACGAAAAAAAAGCCACACUUUAUUGAUGUUGAAGGACUUGAUGAUUUGUAUGCUUUGCAAAAUAUUUCUAAACAAGAGUCCAAGGCAUUGCUAGUAUGGGGUCAAAUGCGUCUCUUACUGUCUAGGUCGGACGCUUUGCCUGAAACAGCUCAAGGUAUCAAAGAGGCUGCCGUAGCGUGGAAAGAUUUAUUGUCCACAUUUGUGAAGGACAAUAGUAGCUUCUCAGAAGAAAGAGAUUGUCCUUACUCCGUCAGCACAUUUAAUACAACACUAUCUAGCAAUGAUAGCAUUCUUGAGAUCCCUUGUGGUCUAGUUCAGGAUUCAUCCGUUACAGUGAUUGGCAUUCCCGAUGGGCAACAGGGUAGCUUUCAAAUUGAACUUGUAAGCUCGCAACUUUCAGAAGAGUCAAAGCCUCCUAUAAUUUUGCAUUACAAUGUCUGUCUGCCGGGAGAUAACCUGAUGAUAGAGCCAGUGAUAGUUCAGAAUAUAUGGACUAACGAACUUGGGUGGGGCAAAGCGGAAAUAUGCCCUGAUCAUGGGUCACCUAACAACAUGAAAGUUGAUGGACUUGUAAAGUGCAAUGACCAAGUUAUCAGAAGAAGCACAGAAGAUCAUGUAAAUGCAAGUCAUCCCAGUAAUGACAAGUUAAGCAAUGGUUCCAAUGGGAGUUCACAUGUGAGUACUAAUUUCCCAUUUGUUGAAGGUAAUCCAUUUACUGCUACGUUGUGGGCUGGUGUAGAGGGAUUUCAUAUGACUGUGAAUGGAAGGCAUGAAACAUCUUUUGCAUAUAGGGAGAAACUUGAACCAUGGUUGGUUAGUGGAGUCAAAAUGUCAGGUGGUUUGAAUCUCAUAUCCGCCUUAAGUAAAGGGUUGCCUGUUUCUGAAGAUCUGGAUUUAGUGGCUGAUGUUAAGAGACUCACAGCUCCACCAAUUUCCAAGAAAAGAAUUCUAAUGCUAAUUGGCGUUUUCUCCACUGGAAAUAAUUUUGAGCGCCGUAUGGCACUAAGGAGGUCGUGGAUGCAAUAUGAAGCUGUGCGUUCUGGGGAGGUGGCUGUCCGCUUUUUCAUUGGCCUUAAUACGAAUAGACAAGUCAAUCUCGAGCUGUGGAGAGAAGCUCAAGUAUAUGGAGAUAUCCAGCUGAUGCCUUUUGUUGAUUACUACAGCCUUCUCAGCUUGAAAACAAUUGCAAUUUGCAUUCUGGGGAUCAAAAUUCUUCCUGCUAAGUAUAUAAUGAAAACAGAUGAUGAUGCAUUUGUUAGGAUAGAUGAGGUUCUCUCCAGUCUCAAGGGAAAGGUUUCUGAUGGCCUCUUAUAUGGUCUUAUAUCCUUUGAAUCAGAACCACAUAGGGAUAAAGAGAACAAAUGGUAUAUCAGUGAAGAGGAAUGGCCCCAUUCUUCAUACCCGCCAUGGGCCCAUGGUCCAGGUUAUAUAAUUUCCCGAGACAUUGCAAAAUUCAUUGUUCAAGGGCACCAAGAAAGGGACCUCAAGCUUUUUAAACUUGAAGAUGUUUCUAUGGGCAUAUGGAUUGACCAAUUCAAGAACCAUGGUCACAAAGUGCAGUACAUCAGCGAUGAUCGAUUUUACAAUGCUGGAUGUGAAUCAAAUUAUAUUCUUGCCCAUUAUCAAAACCCAAGGAUGGUUUUAUGCCUGUGGGAGAAGCUGCAGAGAGAGCAUGAGCCCAAUUGCUGUGAAUGAGUACUCGCCUUACAGAAACAACCAAGUUGACAGGCUGGUUAUCAUCAGAUGGAAUGAUGUUUCUCCAACGAACAUUUUAAAGAAGGAUGCUCCUUUGUGCUAUGGAGAUUACGGAUUCGAAACAAAAAAAACAACUUUUCUACAGAGGUAAGGUUGCGUAAAUCUGUUCCUCCUCGGAUCCCGCAACUACCUAGCAAGUAUUUUCAUCACAGAUGCCAGUCUUUUCUUUUUGCGGAGUAUGCAAGCGUGAAAGCAAAAAAGAUUCUUAAUUUUCUGAAUUUGGAUAUUCUAUAACUUUGUUUUUACCGUCGAUCAAGUCCAUCUUUGAAUUGUUUUUAGUUUUUUAUUUUUUUUUUA